AUGAUGAGACCAGCGAGAGACUCCAUUCAGUCUUACAUGAGUAUCACCGGCGCGUCCGAGUCACUCGCGAUUCAGAGACUUGAGGAACACGGCAAUAAUCUCCCUGAAGCGAUCAAUUCCCAUUUCAGGGAUGUGGAAAGGAGCAUUUAUGAUCCAAGCGAUAGUCAUCCAGAAUACAAUGUUGUGGAAGAAAACAAUCAGGCUCGUGGUACCGAGUCUAGGCCAGUCCCAGUCCCAGUCCCAGGCGGACUUCCAUCGCUCCUCUCGGCUGCUAGGGCUUUUAGACCGUCGUUGCUUCUAGAUCCCAAUUACAGAAGAAACAUCCUAAGGCAGCUCAGUGGCUCUGCUUCUUCUGGAAGCCCUCCUCCACCAUCUCACUCAGGGUUCCCUGCUCACUCUACCUGGGGGAAUGAUCAGAUUCGUCCUCCUGGGUUUGGAGAGGUCGGAGGAGACGGUUAUCCGGGACGUUCAUCAAGUUACGGAUCACAGGUCCAUGGUGGAACACAUAGGGAUACUGAAUUACCUGCCUAUAGCAACGAUAACAGCUAUGCAGAAGAAGAAAUGAUCAGAGCUGCUAUUGAGGCUUCGAAGAACGAUUAUCAAGAGGUUCCAUCUAGCGUUUUAUCUUCGAGAGAGGUUAUUAACCGGGAAGACGAGGACUUUGCCCGUGCAAUUUCAAUGUCACUAGAGAUGGAAGAGCGAGAGGGUUUGUUGAGAGAGCAACUAGCUGAGCUUAUGCCUCGCUCUGUGGAGCAUCACGACCCACGUCAAUCCAAUACAACUGAAAGUAGCAGAAAUCAGCCGAGGAGCUCUUCAGUGGAAGACAAGCGUGAAGACAUGAAACAAAAGCAGCCAGUUGAUAGUAGCUCUCAGCGCGGACAUGAUCUCCAGAAUGUUGAAGCUUCUUAUCCCGAGGAGUGGGGUGGCAUUCCGUCAAAAGAGCUAGAGGAGGCAAUGAUGCUGGAAAAGGCACUCUUUAGUGGAGUAGCUAAAGAGAGUGCUUCACAUAACAAUCAGUCUGGAACCAGCAUGGAGUCACAAUCUCCCGAUAACAUGGUCACUGGAGAGGAACCUGAGAGAACUUCCAGUACAACGAAGGUAGUGCUUCCCACCGAGCCAGCAGUCGAAAACGAAGAUGCCAUUACUCUGCUCGUUAGAAUGCCAGAUAGCAGCCGCCAUGGUCGUCGCUUUCUCAAAUCAGACAAGUUUAAGUACCUUUUUGACUUCAUAGAUGCUGCUGGAUUGGUCAAACCUGCCACAUAUAGAGUGGUUAGAUCAUAUCCUCGACGUGCUUUCAGCCUUCAAGACGGUGCUUUAACUUUUGAGGAACUCAGUCUCACCAACAAACAAGAAGCCUUGUUUCUGGAACUAUUGACGUAG